AUGAUCAAUUAUACUCUCUCCCUCGUUGGGCAGGCAGUGGAAGAGCUCGGCAAGUUCAACUGGACUUAUUACGAGCACUACCUGGAAAUCCGCCCCGAAAACUCUCCAGACACCAGCCCGCCUAUGGAUAUAAAUCUCACCCGAGCCCACGCCGACAAGCCCUCAAAAUGCCCGAAUUACUACAACAAGUGGCUCUACAGAUGUCCCUGCUACAAGCAAUCGACUUGCUCGUGCGGAAGAGAGGAGCAUUUUGAAAUUGCCGCGCCGACUUCUCGCCAAAGCCUCACAAGUUCUUGCUGCGAGGAGCUCUACCAUCGCUACACUUUUCAAACUUGCAAUGGCGACUACAGCAAUCGAGUGGCAAAAUUCACCAAAGUGAACUCGACCGUCUACGAAUACGUCGCAUGCAAGGAAGAAGGCCUUUCCUACUACAUCUACGUCGACAGAAAAAUCAGCUUCAGCCCAAGAUGGACCAUGGGCCCAAGUUUGGAUCCAGAAGAGCGACUCCAGCACACACCAAUCAGCGACGCUUUGUGCCCCAACCAAAUCGUCUCCUGGUUCAGUAUCUGCGAUCCGACCCUCCACAAUCUUUCCACAUCCCGUUGCGGUGGCGCAAAAUGGAUUAAAACGUCACCCCCUCAAUGCGCCAAGACGCAUUUUCGAAGCGACCACACUGGCACCAGUUUUGUUUACAAUAUGGGCGAUUGUUGCAAGAAAAUGGAAAUCAAGGUUACGGCUAAGGACGGGAUCGGAAUGAAGUUUCCAGAAGCAGUCGGCAGUUAUUCAGUAACGAGCGAAGUAGUCCACCAACAUGAUAAAUACACCCUGCGAAAAGCGCUUAAACUGAAUGAUCGAAUGAUUUACGAAAAAGACUCCAACAACUGCAACGACAAAAAUUCUACCUCUUCUUCUCAGAGUAAGAAAUCUUUUCCGUCAAGAAAAUAA